CUCUUCAAUACCCCGCACCCUCCACCCUCCUCACCUCCUCCCCCUCUUCCUUCUUCCUCCUCCCGCCGCCGCCACCGCCGCACUCUUCUUCCUCCUCACAUCACUCCACUCUGAUCUCUCUCUUUCAGACAGUAGCAAGAGCAGCAGCAGAGAGAGAGAGAUUUUUAUGUGUGUUCUUGACGACUGCGUGAUCGGCUGUGCCGCCAGAUAUAGAUAGACCGUACAACUGCAGCGCUAGCUAUAUAUAUGUUUCGAGUGGGGUGUGUGUUUGUAUAUCGAUUGUUGAUUUGUUGGUAGAUCUGAGCUCUGCGAGUGUUGCUUCGUCCAUGGUGGAUCUCUAGCUAUUUAGGGUUGUUGGUCUAGCUAGAUAGCUAUAUCUUUCUCUCUCUCUAGUACUGGUGUGUGCAUAUAUUUGUAUAUGCUCUGAGGGAGAGGGAGAGGAUGAUGAUCCCUGGCCGGAACAUGUCGCCGGCGAUGAUCGGCCGGCCCAACGGCGGCGGCGGCGGCGGCGGCGUCGCCUACGCUUCUUCUUCCUCGGCGCUCUCCCUCGGCCAGAGCUUGUUGGAUGGACACCACCAUCAGCUGCCAUCACUGCUGCAGCAGCACCACAAUGGACACCAUCUGCUUGAUCAGCACCAGCAGCAUCAGCAUCAGCUUCCCCCACAGGCGACGACGACGAGCGAGAGCGACGGCCGUGCCCCUCGCGACGAGCUGGAGAUGAGCAAGUCCGGUGGCAGCGACAACCUGGAGAGCGGCGGUGGCGGUGGCGGAGGUGGCUCCGGUGGUGAUCAGGACCCCAACCAGCGCCCCCGCAAGAAGCGCUACCACCGCCACACCCAGCACCAGAUCCAGGAGCUCGAGGCCUUCUUCAAGGAGUGCCCCCACCCUGAUGACAAGCAGCGCAAGGAGCUCAGCCGCGAGCUCGGCCUCGAGCCCCUCCAGGUCAAGUUCUGGUUCCAGAACAAGCGCACCCAGAUGAAGACGCAGCAUGAGAGACACGAGAACAAUGCGCUGCGCGCAGAGAACGAGAAGCUGCGGGCAGAGAACAUGAGGUACAAGGAGGCGCUUGCCAACGCGUCCUGCCCCAACUGCGGCGGUCCGGCCGCCAUCGGCGAGAUGUCCUUCGACGAGCACCACCUCCGCCUCGAGAACGCGCGCCUCCGCGACGAGAUUGACAGGAUCUCCGCCAUCGCCGCCAAGUACGUCGGCAAGCCCGCCGCGGCCGUCUCGGCCGCGUACCCGCCGCUGCCGCCGUCGAACAGGUCGCCGCUCGAUCAUAUGGGCAUUCCCGGCGCUGGCGCCGACGUGUUCGGCGCCGACUUCGACAAGCCGCUCGUCAUCGAGCUCGCCGUGGCCGCCAUGGAGGAGCUCGUCAGGAUGGCGCAGCUCGGCGAGCCGCUCUGGGCGCCGGCGCUCGGCGGCGAGGCGCUCGGCGAGGAGGAGUACGCGCGCACGUUCCCGCGCGGGCUAGGGCCCAAGUCGCCGGAGCUCCGGUCGGAGGCGUCGAGGGAGACGGCGGUGGUGAUCAUGAACCACGUCAGCCUCGUGGAGAUGCUCAUGGACGUCGGGCAGUGGACGGCGCUCUUCUCGAGCAUCGUGUCGCGCGCGGCGACGCUGGAGGUGCUCUCGACGGGCGUCGCCGGCAACCACAACGGCGCGCUGCAGCUCAUGUCCGCCGAGUUCCAGAUGCCGUCGCCGCUGGUGCCGACGAGGGAGACCCAGUUCCUGCGCUACUGCAAGCAGCACCCCGACGGCACGUGGGCCGUCGUCGACGUCUCCCUCGACGGGCUCCGCGCCGGCGCCGGGGGCGGAUGCCAGCCGGCGGCGGCGCGCGGCCACCGGCGCCGCCCCUCCGGCUGCCUCAUCCAGGAGAUGCCGAACGGCUACUCCAAGGUGACGUGGGUGGAGCACGUGGAGGCCGACGACCAGAUGGUGCACAACCUGUACAAGCCGGUGGUGAACUCCGGCAUGGCGUUCGGCGCUCGCCGGUGGGUGGCGACGCUGGAGCGGCAGUGCGAGCGCCUGGCUAGCGCCAUGGCGAGCAACGUGGCGUCCUCGGGCGACGCCGGCGUGAUCACGACGUCGGAGGGGAGGCGGAGCAUGCUGAAGCUGGCGGAGCGGAUGGUGGCGAGCUUCUGCGGCGGCGUGACGGCGUCGACGACGCACCAGUGGACGACGCUCUCCGGCAGCGGCGCCGAGGACGUCCGCGUCAUGACGCGCAAGAGCGUCGACGACCCCGGCCGCCCUCCCGGCAUCAUCCUCAACGCCGCCACCUCCUUCUGGCUCCCCGUCCCGCCUUCCCGCGUCUUCGACUUCCUCCGCGACGACUCCACCCGCAGCGAGUGGGACAUCCUCUCCAAUGGCGGCGUCGUCCAAGAAAUGGCUCACAUCGCCAAUGGCCGCGACCACGGCAACGCCGUCUCCCUCCUCCGCGUCAACAACGCGAACUCGAACCAGAGCAACAUGCUGAUACUGCAGGAGUGCUGCACGGACGCGACGGGGUCGUACGUGAUAUACGCGCCGGUGGACGUGGUGGCGAUGAACGUGGUGCUCAACGGCGGCGACCCGGACUACGUGGCGCUGCUGCCGUCGGGGUUCGCCAUCCUCCCCGACGGGCCGGACGGCGGCGGCGGGUCGCUGCUGACGGUGGCGUUCCAGAUACUGGUCGACUCCGUGCCCACCGCCAAGCUGUCGCUCGGCUCCGUCGCCACCGUCAACAGCCUCAUCGCCUGCACCGUCGAGCGCAUCAAGGCCGCCAUCACCGGCGACAACGGCGUCGCGCCGCCAUGCCCACGGUGACCUCGCCGGCGUGCCCAUCUAUCUGUCCAUCAUGUGCAAUGGGGAUCAAGGGAGGGAUCAAGAGCGAAUUCGGAGGUUUAGCAAUGUGGGGAGUCAAGAACGCACCGCAGACUACUGUCCUUGCAAAAGUGUAGUUGCUGCUUCAGUUAGCUAGUUCAUUUAUCAUUUUUUUUAAUCACUAUCACCACCACCAAAAAACCCCCAGAAAAAUUAAUCAUGAGUAAAAACCUUAAUUAUCCAACACAGCAGCAACACAACUUAGGUCCUGUGAUCAUGGCUGAUAUAUAUACACUACAUAUAUUUAUACAGUGAUAUGUCAUAGGCUCUGAGUUGUGUUGCUCUCAACAAAUUCCUACUCAUCAUCCAAAAUUAAAUUUGCUUCAGAGUUCAGACAAACACAUUGCAUCCAAUCCAUGCAUAUGCCCCCUCUUAUUUGAUUUCAGUUAGGUUAGUUUCAGUUAAGUUAUUAAUGAUCUGUCACCUGCAUUACAUGGCUCAUCAACAGUUCAUCAGAGUUAAUUAGUUCGGAAGCAAGCAACACUUUGCAAGGUUGGUUGGUUGGUUCGGGUAUUGACUCCUCUUUCUCUCUCCGGGUUGCCACUCUCUCUCUAGAACUCCUCUUCUGAUGCAAGAUUUGUUAAUUUCAUCAUCAGCUGGACUAAUGCAUGCAUAUGUGUACUGCAUAGUAGUACCUUUAAAUUCAGUUUGCAAAAAGAGUGUGUAUCAUGUUUGUGCUUAAUUUGCUCUCCUUGUCUAUUAGAUUGGGCUUAAACUUUGCAUGCAUUUGGAGAUUUGCAGAAGUCUGUCUUGUAUCCUCUCUGUGAUUCUCAUGGACAGUUCGAUUAAUUGGACUACCUUUUUGCAUCCAUAUCUAAAGUCUGGCUGAGUUGAUGCAUUUUGUUUUGGUGUAUAUCUGCAGGUGUUCAAUGAUGUUUUUGUGUGUGAUA